AUGGUGGCUCGAUCAUUUACUCGUUUUGUGGAGCAACAACUGGGAAAGUUCCCUCACUUUGUGAUUUGUAUGGUGCUUGAAUGGGUGUUGAUAAUUAUACUUUUCCUUGAUGGGUUUCUUGCAUUUUUUGCCAAGGAGUUUGCCAAGUACUUUGAUUUGGAAAUCCCUUGCUGGCUCUGCACUAGGAUGAGUCAUGUUCUGGCUUACAAAACUCCUAAUUUUUAUUACAACAAUUCCAUAUGCGAGACUCACAAGAAAGAAGUUUCGUCUUUGGGGUUUUGUCAUAAUCACAAGAAGCUCUCUCAAAUAAGGAAGAUGUGUGAAGGGUGUCAGCUUUCAUUUGCAACCGGGAAGGAAUCAGAUUGUGAUAUCUACAAGUCUCUUGUGGGGAUUCUGAAUAAGGAAAUGGAGUGCUUUGUUGGGGAUGACCAAAAUAUCCAAUUGAGUUUGAAGGAUGAUGGGGUCAUGCAGGUUAAUAAAAUCAGUACACAGAAAUGUUCAUGCUGUGGAGCACCAUUGAAAGUCAAGUCUUCCAUUUCAAAAUUGAAUAAUUCAGCCUCAUUUUCACGAGCUCCCACUACUACACCACGAGCUCAUUCAUACAUGGCAUCAAGAAAUGAUGAAUCUCGUGCUCUCAAUUCGCCUCGCAUCCUCAAUUCCCCUCGCAUCCGGUAUGCAGAACUCAAGUUUAUGUCCGAAAAUGGUUCAGAGCUUCCACAGAAUGAGGAUAGCAACAAUGCAAAAAAUCAGUAUAUUAAAUUAAAGGAAGAAGCAAAAGGUGCUUCUUUGCCUCUAUUGACAGAAGGAGAGGACUUAAACAAUGAGUCCCCGAGAACCCCAUUUUUUGUAAGGGGAAAUAGGUUCUUUGUGGCCCCACUUACAGAUUCUCCAAUCAACAGUCCAAGAUUGUCUUACGCGAUUAACAAGAAAUCACCACUGGAAAAGACAGAAUUUGCCUCUGACUCCAACGAGGGAAAUAGUCAAAAUGAAGAAGCAGAUGAUGCCAUCUUAAACAAUUUGAAGAGGCAAGUUAAUUUGGACCACAAGUCACUCAUGGCUUUGUGCAUGGAGUUGGAUGAAGAAAGAAAUGCUUCAGCUGUUGCUGCCAACAAUGCAAUGGCCAUGAUCACGCGCUUACAGGAAGAGAAGGCAGCUUUGCAGAUGGAUGCAUCGCAGUAUCAGAGAAUGAUGGAGGAGCAGAUUGAGUAUGAUGAAGAAGCCCUGCAAGAAACUAAUGACAUACUUCUCAAACUAGAGGAAGAAGUCAAAGCUUUAGAAACAGAAUUGGAGAUUUACAGAAAUAAAUAUGGAUGCCUAGCAGAAGAUGAUUUUAACGAAACUUACCCUUCUUUUGGGGACAACAGCUCUCCAUUCAGGUCCAUUGAAGGUGAGGAUAAUGUAGAAAAAUACCCGAAUCUUCAUCGAGCUCUGUCAUCAAAGACGGAAAAUGGAGGUGAAAAGUUCAACGAGCCACUAAAAGAUUUUAAAAUGGAGAAAACAUAUCUUCUUGGCCGGAUGAAGAAAAUGGAAAACAGAAAUCUCUCGGCGAAGAGUGGAAAAUUUUCCUCACAAUAUAGCUUUGACACUAUUAAUAAUGUAGAGAAUGAGACAGGUAAUGUCACAGACAUGCCUACAUUUACAUGAAUUUCAUAUUAAGGUUGCUUCAAGAAGCCAAAAGAAGCCUAGCUUGUGAUGGAUGUUGUAAGUUAUUCACACACUAGAUGCUUUGCGAAGGGGCAGUUCAAGUAUCCGAAGCAUGGGUGUGAAUUUUGUCUCUCACCAUCUGUAUAUAAUACUUGCAAACCUUCGGGUCAAAGUGUGAGAACAUCCCCAUUGCUAGGCCUGUAGUAAUCUUAACUAGGAUAAUUUGGACAAACUUGUCUAGAAUUUAAAUGUUUAGAUGAUUAUUUUAAACAUUUCCCUUUCUUUAUUGGUAUGUACUUAUAUCUUGUAUGGAAGAUAUACAAAUUAUACUGCUGGCUCUGAAGCUUCGCUAAUUUGUAAGUAUAACCCUCUCUUGUGGCAAUAACUUUAAAUUCUUAUGUUGGA